CGCACUUCCGCCGGGGCUCCACGCUGUUGUCUGCCGUACCACUCAUACCGGUGUGUCCAAAUGAAGGAGAGGGAGGUUCCUGUUCCUCCUCUGUUCACCUGAGGUCCCUGCUCCUCGGUGUUAUUCAUACACACAUUCACCUCCGCCCUGAGACGAGGAGAGGACGAAACGCCGAGACCGAGACAAGUAUGAAGGGUCUCCCAGUGCUGGCCCUGCUCCUCUGCAUCAGCUCGCUCUACUUCGUGGGCCUCUACCUGUUCGUGGGUGGCUUCUUGCUCGUGAGACUGGAGGUGAACAGGACCAGCAGCUGUGGAGACGUCCUGCAGCCUGCGGGGGAACCGGUGGACUUCUGCCACGUCCAGCCACGUCUCCGCCGAGCUGUGGUCCUCAUCAUUGACGCCCUGAAGUUCGACUUCGCCCGUUACGACCACAGUAACGCGGCGCCAAGACCUUACGAGAACAAGCUGCCAGUUCUGGAGGAGGUGACGUCGUCCAGGCCGUCCCACAGUCGACUCUACCCGUUCCGCGCCGAUCCACCCACGACCACCAUGCAGAGGAUCAAGGGCUUCACCACGGGAUCUUUACCCACGUUUGUGGACGUUGGCAACAACUUUGCAUCCAGUGCCAUCCUGGAGGACAAUCUGAUCCACCAGCUGGGUCAAACAGGCAAACGUGUGGUGUUCAUGGGAGAUGACACGUGGGAAAGUCUUUUUCCAAAGAAGUUCCAUCGUUCUCUGCCCUUCCCGUCUUUCAAUGUCAAGGAUUUGCACACGGUGGACGACGGGAUAUUGCAGCAUCUCUAUCCCACCAUGACGGGUGACGACUGGGACGUCCUGGUGGCCCAUUUUCUCGGGGUGGACCACUGCGGCCACAGGUUUGGACCCGACCACCCGGCCAUGGCUGACAAGCUGACCCAGAUGAACGCGGUCAUCAGGUCUGUGAUGGAGCGGCUGCAGAACGACACUCUCCUGGUGGUGAUGGGAGAUCACGGGAUGACCGACACCGGGGAUCACGGAGGAGAAAGUCUGAAGGAAACUGACGCUGCUCUUUUCCUCUACAGUCCUGCACCUCUGUUUCCUGGACCCCCGUCACAGGAUGAACCUGAGGUGGUGCCGCAGACCGACCUGGUGCCCACCCUGGCUCUGCUGCUGGGAGUACCCGUGCCCUACAGCAGCGUGGGGCAGGUCCUCCUGCCGCUGUUCCCUCCUCACGGGCAGACGGAAGGUGCAGUUGAAGGUCUCAGCCAGCUGGAGGCGCUGUGGAUCAAUGCAAAGCAGGUGAACCGUUUCCUGGAGACCUACUCCAGCAUGGCCUCAGACAUUCCUCCAGAGAACCUGUCUCAGCUGAGGCGUGAGUUCAGCCGUCUGUCCGACCAGUACCUGUCCUGGGUCAGAGGAGGGGGCCCGCCCCCCCCACGGCUGCUCUUCUCUCUUCAGUCCUACCUCAGCUCGGUCAGAGACACCUGCAGAGCCACCUGGGCUCGAUUUAACCCCUUCAAGAUGGCUGCCGGUCUGGUGGUCCUGGCCUUCGCCUGUCUGACCUGCUACGUCCUGUCAGAACUGUCCGUGGUGCUGAUUCAGGAAAACGCACGCCGGCUGAGGACUCCUGUCGUGGUGGCUCUCGUGGUUGGAGUGUCGGUGGCUGUGGCUCAGUGGUUCGCCAGGGGCUACGCCGACGUGUCGUGGUGCCUCGCAGCGUCCGCUCUCACCUCUGAACUCCUCUUCUUCUGGACGUCUUUUCGAUCCCGAUCCAGUCCCGUGACAAAGAACGGAUCCAGGGCGGCCAGGUCUGCUAGCUGGCUGAGUCAUCCCCUCCUAGUUCCCCCUCUAGUGGUCUCCCUCCUCCGCUGUGCCUCCCUGCUCUCGGACAGUUAUGUGAUCGCUGAAGGCCGGGUCGUGACCUUCCUCCUCUUCUCUCUGGCUCUUUACGUCCCCGUCCAUCUCAACUGGUGUGGACAUCUUGUCCCACCAACCCCCGACCCCCUGAAGGCAGCCGGACUACUCCCCUCCCCGACGUUGUCGUCCUCAGCCGUGAGGAAGGAGACCACGACCCUGGUGGGCGGUGUUGGACUCCUGGUCCUCAGCCUCUACCUGUCCCUGUCCUUCCACGCCUGUCGAGAAGAGCAGGGCUCCUGCCGGCCCUCCCCGUUCCUCUCCCCUCUCUCGCGGCUGCAGGACAGUCAGCUGAAGAACCUCCACUACGUCCUGUCCGUCGUCUCUCUGGCGCUGUGGACGUACCUCCUCAAACGCUGCCUCAGUCACUACGGUAACCUCAACUCCUCGGGUGGAGCGGCGUUCACGGCCCGCUGGAUCCUCCCGCUCCUGUCGGUGUUCCUGGGGAUCUACUGGGCCGUCAGCUCCACGCCUGAGGACAACUUCAAAGACCUGGGAGAGCUGAUCCGCCUGGGUCAGCUGACCCUGCCCAGAGCCGUCUUCUGCCUCCUGGGACUGGGGCUGUUCCUGAUCUGGUUGGACCCUCUCACCGUGUUCAUCAAGCUCAGGAGUUCACCUUCAUCCAGAACCUCCUCACUGCCGCCUCCUCGCUACAGAGCCAGCACCAGCAUGAGCCCCCAGGCCGAGCUGCACCACCUCAUCCCCCAGAUCUACCAGCGGAUGCGGCGUUCUCUGGAGGAUGGGGAGGUGGGUGAAGGCGGCGGGGCGGACGGCAGACCUGCGGUGGAGGCCUACGGUCUGGGAACCGUGUACUCGGCUCCUCUGCUCCUGUUCUGUGGCCUCCUGGGGGUCGGUCUGCUGCUGCUCCACCCCGAGGGCAUGGCUCUGUCCUUUCUGCUGCUGCUGCUGGAGAUGGGGGCCAUGCUGUACAUCCACGCCUCCUCCACCACCCUGAGGGGUCAUCACUCAGGUGGCUUCACCGUGUCCUGGCCUCCCAUCGUGAUGUGGUCGCUGGCCUCCAGCCAGUUCUUUCACGCCACGGGUCACCUCCCCACCUUCCCCUCCAUCCAGUGGGGGGCAGCGUUUGUGGGGUUCCCUGAAGGACACAGCGGCACCAUCCUGCCCGCCUCACUGGUGGCGCUCAACACCUUCGCUUCACACGCCCUCUUUGCAGUUGGAUGUCCUUUGCUUCUUUUCUGGCCUCUGGCGUGUGAGGUACGUGGCAGCAGAGGUGGAGGAGGAGGGGGAGGAGGACGAGCGUGUGGAGAUGAAGAUGAAGAUGCUGUGAUGGAGAUGAGGCUGAGAGAAAACCCAGAUCAGUUCAGCUCUGCUCUGCUGCAGCUCUCCACACGAUACCUCUUCCUGUUGGGAGCACAGGUCUUUGCCUCCGUCAGUGCUGCCGCCGUCCUCAGGAGACACCUAAUGGUCUGGAAGGUUUUUGCACCCAAGUUGAUGUUCGAAGCCUGCAGUUUCCUGGUGAGCAGCGUUUUUCUGCUCGUCGGAGUCACGUUAGUGCUGAGAGUGGACGUCGCGGUGGCUCAGUGGUUUAAGAAAGUCAUUCCCGAGGCCUCCAGGUAA